GGGUUGUGGCUCCACGGUGGUUUUCGUUGUGUUUGUGCACCGGUGGUGAAACUUGCAUCAGCCGGUGGCUCCAUGAUCUGGAGGAACGAAUACACCAGUAUGGACAGAAGCUGACCGUUAGACCCGGAGGACGGUGGAUCAGGAUUCUGUCAGACCCGGUGGUCAGCGGAGGUGUUCAGGUGUUUGAGAGGGAACAAAGUACAAGGUCCGGUCUGAUAUGAGCUGUGAGCGGCUGUAGACUCAGCACCUCACUCCACCUCCUCACAUCCACUACACGAGCCUGUGAGUCUCUCAGAGUUUGUCAGUGUGAUUUUCCUCUGAAGAUGUCGUGUCUGUUACUGGCAGUCGUCCGGAGACACAGUGGUGUUGGGGCGAGUGUUGGGGUUCGAUCCCUGGCCUCCAUCCCCUUGCUGCCUCCGGCCGUGGCUGAGUUUGUGAAGGGAGCGGUCGAGGAGUGUAAGCCCUCCGGUGUACAUGUGGUCACGGGGACGCCGGAGGAAACAGCCAACAUCCUGGCAGGUCUGGAGAAGGAGGGGAUGGUCAAGAAGCUUCCCCAAUAUGACAACUGUUGGUUGGCUCGUACAGACCCAAAGGAUGUAGCCCGGGUGGAGAGCAAGACCGUGAUUGUGACCAAGAACCAGAGGGACACCAUCCCCAUCCCUGCUGGAGGGGUAAAGAGCCAGCUGGGCAGCUGGAUGAGUGAGUCUGACUGGCAGAAAGCCAGAGAGGAGCGUUUCCCUGGCUGCAUGGCAGGUCGAACCAUGUAUGUGAUUCCCUUCAGUAUGGGUCCUGUAGGCUCCACUCUGAGUAAAUAUGGUGUCCAGGUGACGGACUCUCCAUACGUUGUGGCCAGUAUGGGGAUCAUGACUCGUAUGGGGACCCCUGUCCUGAAGAAACUGGCUGAAGGAGUGGAGUUUGUCCGCUGUCAGCACUCAUUGGGACGACCUUUACCACUCAAAGCUCCUCUGGUCAACUCAUGGCCAUGUAACCCAGACAAGGUGCUGAUAUCUCACCUGCCGGACACCAGGCAGAUUCUGUCCUUUGGCAGUGGCUAUGGAGGAAACUCUCUCCUGGGGAAGAAGUGCUUCGCCCUGCGUAUCGCCUCCCGCAUUGCCAAGGACGAGGGCUGGCUGGCAGAGCACAUGCUGAUCCUAGGUAUCACCAACCCUCAGGGAGUGAAGCGUUACGUCGCAGCCGCCUUCCCCAGUGCCUGUGGUAAAACCAACUUGGCCAUGAUGAAACCAGCUCUGCCAGGCUGGAAGGUAGAGUGUGUGGGAGACGACAUUGCGUGGAUGAAGUUUGACAGCCAAGGUAAACUGAGGGCAAUCAACCCAGAGAACGGUUUCUUUGGCGUGGCUCCAGGCACCUCAAACAGGACCAACCCCUACGCCAUGGCCACCAUUGCCAAAAACACCAUGUUCACCAACGUCGGUGAGACCAGUGAUGGAGGAGUGUGGUGGGAAGGACUUGACCCCCCUGCAGCCAGCGUCACCCUCACAGACUGGCACGGCAAAACCUGGAAGCCAGGAAGCUCGACUCCUUGUGCCCACCCCAACUCCCGCUUCUGUGCCCCGGCAGCUCAGUGUCCCAUCAUUGACUCCCAGUGGGAGAGCGAGGAGGGGGUUCCCAUCGAUGCCAUUAUCUUUGGUGGAAGAAGGCCAGAGGGAGUCCCUCUGGUCUACGAGUCUUUCAACUGGCAACAUGGAGUCUUUGUUGGAGCAGCAAUGAGGUCUGAGGCCACAGCAGCUGCUGAGCAUAAAGGUAAGGUGAUUAUGCACGAUCCCUUCGCCAUGCGGCCGUUCUUUGGCUAUAACUUUGGCGACUACCUUGCUCACUGGCUGAGCAUGGAGAGCCGAAAGGCCCCCACUCAGCUGCCCAAGAUCUUCCACGUCAACUGGUUCAGAAAGGACGCCACCACCGGUGCCUUCCUCUGGCCUGGCUUUGGUGAAAACGCCCGUGUGCUGGAGUGGAUCUUUAAGCGCUGCAGCCGGGAGAGGGAGGAUGAGGCAGCCAAAAAGAGCAUUAUCGGCUGGCUGCCAGAAGAUGGCACUAUCAACACUAAAGGCCUCAGUGGCAAGGUGGACAUGGGUGCCUUAUUUGACGUGCCCACAACUUUCUGGCAGAAGGAGACCAAAGAGUUGAGAGCCUAUUUCACUCAGCAAGUUGGAGGUGAUCUGCCUGCUCAGGUGGAGGCUGAGCUGAAGGCUUUGGAGAACAGAGUGCACAAUCCUUACUGACCUCAUGAAGGUGGUGGUAGUCCCUAAUGACACAGGAUCAGAUCAUUAGGGUGCAGUCAGAGUCACUGACCAGGUGUACAUACACAGAGAUUAUUAACAUAUAAACAUAGUGUGGGUCACAUCACUGUGGCAGAGAAACAUCCUACUUGUCCUUUACUUUUUUCAACACAGGAUAUUUACUGAAAUACAAAAACAAAAAAAAAAAUAUAUGUUGGUAGUUUGUAAAAGACAGAAUGUUAUUAUUAUAGUAUUAUAUUGAGAUACUUCUUUUAAAAAAAGCAAUAUUCAGGCCAAUGUUUAAAUUUCUCUGUGCAUGAAAACACAGUCAGUGACUCUGUCAUCAGUUAGGAAUGAAACUUAAGAGAAUUCAGGGAGAAGUUAAUCUACAAUACAUUACCUACCUGUUGGACGUCACACUAAUGCUGCAACACUGACAGAUUGGUGCUGGGUUAGUGGUGCCAGGGAGGUUUGAUUCAACAUGAAGAUUAGAUUUCUGUAAAGCUAAUCUAAUGCAACUCUCUCCACUCACCAAACCUGUCAUGUAGCACAAUCAUUGUGGCCUUAUAGUGCCUUUUGAGACAAUUAACAAUACAGUCCAGGCUGCUAAUGUUUACAGGCUGAAGCACAAAGAUCAUUUUAGACAAAACUAGUAGAUAAAGUUUUAACAUUUUUACUUAUCAGGAGAUUUUAAUAUACUUUAGUCUCAUGAAAUGUGCUUUAUUUUAAAUUCAACUUGAUGUUAAGAUAAAACUUUUAUUCCAUUAACUUCUCACACACUGUAAGAGAUUUCCAGUGGGUCUGAGGAUUAAUAUGGAUCUUUCAUCUUGCGUUUUGUAAUGUUUGUGAUGAAAUUCUUUGAUUUCAGGUGAUGUUUACACACAGUAUGUGAAAUGUUGGCCCAAUAAAUGCGACUGAGAUCAUUA